GAAUCUUUAAAAGAACUUAUGCGAAGAGAUAUACAAUUAUAAUGCCUGUGGAGCACACAAAUAUAAAGGUGGCAGUGCGAGUAAGGCCGUAUAAUGCUAAGGAACUAGAACAUCAGCAAAGGAGCAUCAUCAAGGUUAUGGAUAAAUCGGCGCUGCUUUUCGAUCCAGACGAAGAAGACGACGAAUUCUUCUUCCAUGGCACCAAACAGAAUUACCGCGACAUCACAAAACGCAUGAACAAGAAGCUGACGAUGGAAUUCGAUCGCGUAUUCGACAUAGACAACACAAAUCAGGAACUAUUUGAAGAGUGUACGGCGCCGCUGGUCGACGCGGUGCUCAAUGGGUACAACUGCUCUGUGUUUGUGUAUGGCGCUACAGGAGCCGGGAAGACAUUCACAAUGCUGGGCAGCGAGGCAACUCCCGGCAUAACGUUUCUGACCAUGCGCGACCUGUUUGAGAAGAUCCAAGCGCAAAGUGAUGCGAGAAAGUUCGAUGUGGGUGUCUCAUACCUGGAGGUGUACAACGAACACGUUAUGAAUCUGCUCACAAAGUCGGGUCCGCUAAAACUACGCGAGGAUUCCAACGGUGUGGUUGUGAGCGGGCUGCGACUGACGCCCAUCUACAGCGCUGAAGAAUUGCUGCGGAUGCUGGCCCUAGGAAACGGGCAUCGCACUCAACACCCAACCGAUGCCAACGCAGAGAGCUCGCGAUCCCAUGCUAUCUUCCAGGUGCACAUACGUAUCACUGAUCGGAAAACAGACACAAAGCGAACUGUCAAGCUGUCGAUGAUUGAUUUGGCUGGCAGUGAACGAGCGGCCAGCACCAAGGGUAUUGGUGUGCGCUUCAAGGAAGGUGCUAGUAUCAACAAGAGUCUUCUGGCACUGGGAAACUGCAUCAACAAGUUGGCCGAUGGCCUCAAGCACAUACCCUAUCGUGACUCUAACCUGACACGCAUCCUUAAGGACUCUCUAGGCGGCAACUGCCGCACUCUGAUGGUGGCCAACGUGUCGAUGAGCUCUCUUACAUACGAAGACACCUACAACACCUUGAAGUACGCUAGUCGCGCGAAGAAGAUCCGAACCACAUUGAAGCAGAACGUGAUCAAGUCGAAAAUGCCCACCGAGUUCUAUGUGAAGAAGAUCGACGAGGUCAUGGCCGAGAAUGAGCGACUGAAAGAGCGCAACAAAGCGUUGGAGGCGAAGGUAGCUCAGCUAGAGCGUGGAGGCAGCAAUGGCUACGAUCCGCAGGAGCUGAAGUCAUGGUACAGCAGGAUAGAUGCUGUAUAUGCCACUGCUAAGACGAUGCAGGAGUGCGGAAUCGGCAUACGGAGUAAGAUUAAGAUUAUUAAUUAUCGUCAGACGCUGAAAAAGGACUUUGAGGAGUUCAGAAAGAUGUUGUCCCAGGACCAACGGAUGUGCCAAGAGGAUUACCGACGUUUUAAUAACUACAUGACUACACUGGCUAAUCAAAACGACAAAUACUCGGAAGAGCUGCCGAGCUGGCAAGAUAAGGUGCAGCACGCCUACCGGGAAGUGGAGAGUCUGAAGCGCGAGGUCAAUCAAUCGAAGCUUCAGCAAAUCCUUGGCCUUUAUGUGAAGAGGAAGGAUCUCGAACUGCAGAUGGCAAAGCAGAAUAUAUCCAGCAAUCACCUGUACUUGAUCAACCGGGAGCUGGUGGAGAACUCGGACCUUAUACGCAAAUCCUUUACCACGGCUUGCGAUGUCCUGUGCCAGGCGUACAAUCGUCUCGAGGAUGCGGAGAAGUUGACACCGGAGAUACAGGCAUUGUACGAUCGUCUGCACCGAAAAAUGCGAUUCGCUGAGUCUGAGGCGAACGCUACAGAAUUCGAAGCGAACGAGACUGAGAAGACUGGGCACAAGCGUUUACUGGCCAGUGAGGAGGACGAAGAACAAUCGACUACAACAACGGCCAGUGCCAAAAAGCGCCAAUUUGUGCGGGCAGCUGAAAUUGACGAUGAUCUCCAUUUGAGUGUGGACAGUACCGACAGCCUGGAAACAGACUCGGACUCUGACGAGGCGCACAAGACAUUCAAGAAGCCACAUAAUCUUAACCAGACGCAAGUCCUAAGCACUACCUACAAUGCCCUGACGUCGACGGUCACAAAACAGCGAAAUGUCCACCAACGCAUUGUCACAGAUCUGCUCUCCGACCAAAAUGUACGCGGUGGCAACGACAAGAUCAAGCAAGUUCUGCUGAAGUCUAGCAACUUUACUACCCAAGGACUGCAGCGAAGCCUGGCCGCGGCCUCAAUAGCCAAGGAAAACGUAAAAUUCAAUGGAAAUUAUGUGCGCAAGAGUCCGCGAGCCCUUGUGGCAAAAGCAAUGUCGGGAAAUCCAACGAUAACCCGUAAACCACUGGGAACUGGAAAUAGGGAGCCGCCUUUGGUAAAGUUCAAUCGGGCCGCAUCGUUUCGCUUGAAGAAAUGAGGAGGGACGCCCUCUACGUUAGUUUUAAUUUAUUUUUUUUUCGCUUUACUAGUUAGCGAUUUGUUUUGAUGGGGACUCGAAACCAUUUAAUACCCGCAGAACACUAACCCAACCGAAACCCAAUCCAAACUUGAAACCUUCCACCACAUUCGUCUUGAGUACUUUAUUCAAACAGAAACCACACCAUUUUUUAUAUUUAUGUACGUUAAUUUUUAAUUUGAAUGAAAACUGCGUCACGCGCUUAACUAAAAAUAUAUGGCCGCUUCCUUGCCAUCACCAAGAUUA